CUCCCACACUUUCUGCUCAAUGAAAAGCCACAAAUCCUGCAAAAUCGUUUUACAUUCCAUUCUCUGAAUUCCAGAGUCCUUUGGGAGUCGGGAGCCCACAUGUCCUGAGCUGCUCAAGACAACUGAACUGUCUGAAGAACAGCAGAUGUCAGAAUUGACCACGCUCUGCCACUUCUACACGCUAUCCUGCUCUUCGACCCUCGACCCCUCUGCCUGUCAGCGUCUCGCUCAGGACAAAUGCCAAAGCCGGCUUAAGAAGUGCAAGUUGCAUUCCUUUCUGCAGACUCUGCUGGACUUGCUUCAGAGGGCCGAUGACUGUAUCAGAGAUAAAGUUGACCUGACCUUCUUCACUCAGACUCUUCCUCAGUUGGUGGAGAAUGUGUACAGCUCUGCUCAUAUAACACGAAGACGCAGAAAUGCUCUUGAAACAGAGCAGAUUGGCCAGCCAGCACUAUUCCAGCAAGUGGGCCCUCUGGUGGACGACUGGGAGAGCUACCUUACAGGCAUUGCUGAAGAUCUGGAUCUACACAAAGAACUGAAAAACUCACAGGAACUUUCUCAGGAGCAACAACUCUUCACACCGGAAGAGGAGAGUGGAAAAGCAUUUCUUCAGCAGCUUGACGGAUCACUGCUCUCCUCCAUUGCUGCCCUGCGUUCCAAACUAGACUCACUGCGCAUUCCUGUCAUACCAGAAUUGGACCACCGACUGUUUCAAAGGGAUUUCACCAUUCCCACCACUGGAAAACAGCAACAGGAUAAUAGUGCCAAAUCUAAGGAGUCUGUACUGUCAGCAGACUAUUGGACUGCUCUGAUAUAUAAAGCUCUGAGAGGAAGUGCCACAGGAAGUGUUACAGGAAGUCCGGUGAUGACAGCAUCCCCUCAGGAUCAUAUAGAUACAACAACCAGAUCUUUGGAACCUUCCACACAACCACCGAAACUCAAGACCCUGGAGCCGUCUGAUUCUGUCCCUACCCAGAUGCCCCUGCUUCAACAGCCACUCUUCAAAAAGAUCCUGUGGAGGAGAAAGAGAGAUCUACACAAGAGACAGAUACGAGGAGCCAAUGACAAAGUUUGCUCAGGAGUAACUGAAUCCGCUCAGCUGGUCAGCACCACCAAAGUGAUGUACAACUGGAUCCUGGCUGUUCCAUCGAACAACAUUAACAUGAUCUUCCAGGAGGUGCUGGUUGACCUAAAUUCUAAGAAUGAUCGUGGUUUGUACCAAUCACGGAUCAAGGCCACUGUUGGCGGGCGACCUUUGACCUUUUACAGCUUGGUGGGUUUGGAGAAUGAAGCGUUCUAUCGCAGCAUGCCACGCAUCAUUGCCGUCGCCAUUGAUGCUCUCAAAACGUAAAACACACUUGUAUAUAUUAUAACAUCCUAAACUUUCUCAUGUGAGAUCACCUGCUGCUAUGGAAAUGAUUGGAUGAGACCUUCUUUCUAGAGUCAUCACAGGACAGCUAACACUUUUCUGGAGGAUGAAGCUGGUCACUGUGUACUGAGACUGGACUGACAUGACAAUAUGUACACCCCGAUUUAAUUUAUUUCCCAGGGACAGAGGUUGAUCCUCCUGUCUGAGCUGCAAACUGUACAGAUAUGGUAUUUGAUGUUUGUUAUAUAUUUAUUUGUAUUACUUUGUAUUUUUUGUAUGAAAACAAAUUGCUAAAAAAUUAA